AUGGCUUCCGAGUUCAUUGGGUACAACGUGCUAGUGAGCCUUCGAACACCACCUGGUGGGAAGCUCCAAGGCCAAGUUGCCGAUGUGAUUGGACAAAACCUACUACUUCACAAUGUAACCCUCCUGUGGAACGGCCAGCGUCUUCCCCACUACUCCUUGGACGCUUCCAUCAUUAUGGACCUCUCCCUGGAAUCAACCAACUCUGCUCCCCCGCAGCAUCCCCCGACCCAGAAGGUUCCAGCAACGCGUACCCAGGAGCAGUUUGUCGACCCGGCGAUUUUGAGCUUUUCCAAAACCCCUUCCGAAAUCGCUCAGGCACCUGCCCCACGGCCGCUGGCUCAGCAUGCCCCACCAGUUGCUGCCUCCUUGACUGAGCCAUUCAGUGAUCUCGAGCUGAAUGUCGACAGUGGAAGAUCUGGCGUACAUGGAACCUCGCAGGAGAUGGAGCUUCAAGGCUCACAGAGUUUGACCCCUACCAAGCAGCCCUCGAGACGUAACCGACGAGGCAAUGAUGAUGGAUUUGCGACUAAACAUGGGUCUACUGCAAGCACCAACCCCAAGAGUAAAGGCUGGCGCCAGACCGCAUUUGUAGAGCCUGCCGUUCCAGCAAUCCAGGCAUCGCCCGAGCACAUGAUGCAGUCCGGCGCAAAGCUUCGCAAGAAAAAGACCCGCCGUGCUUAUGUUGAAGACCCCAGCGGCUGGGCCACAGAAGAUGCAACAGAUAUCCAGGAACUUGGUGAAUUCGAUUUCGAAAGCAACCUGUCCAAGUUCGACAAGCGGCGCGUGUUUGAAGAGAUCCGAAACGAUGAUACCACAGCAGACGAGGCUCGCCUUGUCAGUUUCAACCGAAAGGUCAAGCCAGGAACUAACGGCGGAAAGAACCUUCACUGGACUGAGAACGUGCUCGAUAGCCCGCAGAAUAGUGAUACCGGAGAUGAUGUUAUUAGUGAUACCAGGCUCAGUAGUGAGAACAUCUCCGGACGCGAGCGGUCGAGAGCAUCUCGCCUUCAGACCACCCGCAAGAGCAGCACUAUUCUGGGACAGCCCAACAUUCCACAGAUCACUGCGAUUGGUCGUACUCAGCUUAACACCUCUCGAACCACAAGCCCUCAUCCUGGCAGAUCAUCCGUUUCGCCCAUGAUCGGCCCCAAUGUGUCGAGUGCAUCUCUGCGGCUGUCAACCACUAACCGCAGCUGCCCGACUGUGAGCCCACUUCAGACUCUUGAGGUCGAGCAGAUCGCCGUGGCGGAGUUUGGCUUGAGUGAAGACAUCAUCACUGAGAACGCAGGCCGAGGCAUCGCCGAGGCAGCUGUUGGUCUCCUUUCGGACGAUGCAGCUGCGCCUACUAUCUUGAUAAUCACUGGCAACCAUCGCACUGGGGCUCGUGCUAUUUCGGCCGCGCGCCAUCUCCGCAACCGCGGCCACCGUGUCACCGUCUGCUUGCUCGGCCUGGAACACGAAGCCGAGCUGCUGGAGAACUGCCGCAAGCAGCUGGACAUCUUCCGAAAGAUUGGAGGACGUGUCCUCAAGUGGGAGGAUCUCUCAACUCGCCUGUCCACUUCCGAGCUGGCUCCUGAUCUGGUGAUGGAUGCCUUGUUUGGCAUGCACGUUGCCUUUGACGACCUUCGUACCGACGACCAAGCUGUGGCAUUUGAAAUGAUCUCAUGGGUGAACAGAAGCAAUGUUCACGUCCUCUCAGUGGAUGUUCCAUCCGGAAUGUCUGCUUCCAGCGGCGAGGCAUCUAUUGUCGACGGGGGUCGACUAUGCAUCAACACUUCAUCCGUGGUGUGUCUCGGGGCCCCAAAGACCGGCAUUCUAAGCGCGCUUCUCGCUGGCGAAGGGCAUACCUGGAAAGUCACGGUUGCCGACAUUGGCAUCCCCCAGAUCGUAUGGCGAAAGUAUGGAACCAGAAGACGGCACGGAAUUGAUUUCGGAAACCGAUGGGUGGUACCCUUGCGUCUCCAGACUCUGGCUGCUUGA